AUGGAGACAGACAUAUGCGCGUUGCGUGGAGGGCUUUGCUUUCAUUGGAUGCUCAGUUUGGCGUAUGGAGGGUACCUGUUUUUCAUGGGGAGUACAAAUAUUUUUGUGUUUGAUCCUAUGGUUUUGUUUUCUUGUACUAUUGAUUACCCUGAAGAUGCUGAUGCAAUGAAUAUAAUGAGCUUUGGAUACCUUGGAUGCUCUGGAGGGAAUCUUAGGAUCGGUGAAAUUAGCAAUAAUGAUUUGAGAGUGUGGGAUCUAACGUACCCUCUGGUAUGGCGUCUGGUGCACAGGACCAAUCUGACUGAACUUCUUCCCUCCAGAUUUUGCAUUAAUUAUGAUAAGCAUGUAGCGGGUUUUCAUCCCUAUGAUGGAGACAUUGUGUAUUUGUACUCCUAUGUUGAUGGGGUUUUUGUUGCCAACCUACGUACAAACAAUUUUUUGCCAAUCCUGGUUAUGAAAAAUCAGAUAUUAGCCCCUUUCAAUUAG